AUGAUUUGUUAUAUUUGUAAGUCAUCUAUUAAAGGAUGGUUACCAGCAUUAGUGGCUCACUAUAAAGUGUUCCACAUUCUUAUGCCUGACAGUAAUUACACUUGUUGUGAAGACUCGUGCAAUCAAUCGUUCGCAGCAUUAAUUAAAGCAAUUGAUAUAAAAGAGUUUCGUAAUGAUGCUUGUUUACUAGAGUUAAUAAAUGAGAUGAACAGUAUAGAAAAAGAAGGUGUUAGUAUUUCUACUGAAUUUGAAAUCAUAACCAGUGAAAGUAAUGAUUCUUCAUCAGUGUGCAUAAAUACAGCAAUGGUUACAGCAGUUAUGAAUACUGGGCAAGGAUUUUCCCAAUUGGACACUUUUACAGCAUUUUUAAAUAUGCCGAAUAUGUCCAAUCCAAGUUACCAGCAGUAUCACAAUAAUGUAAAAAAGCACACCGAAGAUUUGGCUUUUGAUGCAAUGAUCGAUGCUGGCAAAGAAGAAGCUGCGUUAGCUAUAAUGGAAAAUAAUGUGAACGAAAAAGGAAUUCCAUUAAUUACAGUGAUAGCUGAUGGCGCAUGGUUGAAGAGAUCUUAUAAAAGUGGCUAUAAUGCUUUGUCUGGUGUAGCGUCUAUCAUCGGGUACAGGACCAAAAAAGUUCUUUUUAUGGGUGUAAGUAAUAAACACUGUUCAGUCUGCCAAAAAAAUGAAAAUGGCGAAAAAGAAUCACCAUCGCAUCAGUGUUUUAACAAUUGGGAUGGGACUUCUACUGCCAUGGAAUCCGAUAUAAUUGUCGAGGGAUUCUGUCAAAGUGUAACUAUGCAUAAUUUAAUAUAUAAUAAAUUAAUCGGAGAUGGAGAUUCCAGUGUAAUGAAGAAACUAAUACUUGCUAAACCUUACGCUGAUCACGACAUAGAUGUAAAAAAAAUAGAAUUACGAGCCAAGGGGAGGGUCCGGACCUGGAGUCCACCCCCUGGUUGCGCCACUGGUAUGAACCAUAUUUUAAGAAACUAUUGUAAUAGAAUUGUAGACAUAUCAUCUCGUCGUAAAAGUUCUUCUGGAACUAUAGUUCCAGGAUUUUUAAGAAAAACAUUAAAAGAUAGACGACUUAAAUUAAGAUGCGCGAUUACAAAGGCAAUAUUGCAUAGAAAAGAAAUGCCUUUGACGCAUAAUGAAAAAGUAAUUCUUCUAAAAAAAGAUAUUUUAAAUAGUCCGUUUCAUGUAUUUGGUAGCCAUUCUGAAUGUUCAAGUUAUUUUUGCACUGGUCCAAAAGAAAAUGAAAUUGAUUUAGUUCCUCAAAUGGAAACUUGCGGUUUAUGGGCAGAUAUAUCAGGAGCUAAAAAUUUUGUUGCCUAUCAUGCUCAAAGCUUAAUUUAUAAUGUAAACAAUAAUGCUGUAGAAGGAUUUAAUAGCGUAGUAGCGAAAUUUGUUGGUGGAAAGAGGGUGAACUUUUCUUUACGAGGAUCAUACAGUGCAAGAUGUAAUGCUGCAGUUUCAUCAUUUAAUUUUGGUCCAAAAUAUUUAAAUAAUUUUCAUAAAAAAGUUACAAAUAUAAGUCCUGGAAUAUAUACUAAAAAAUUCGUAAACAAAAUUAAUAAAAACCAGCAUAGUAGAGUUGGUCGACGUUUAAAUUUUGAAAAAGCCAGAAAAUUUGAGAAGAAAAAAAAAUGUAUUGCUGGACCAGAUGAAGAUUAUGGAGCUGUAGACAUUGGAAUAGGUAUAAUUGAUAUGCCACUCGAAGAAUACGAUGCCAAAAAAAAUGCAUUUUUAAAAAAAAUCUAUUUAACCGUCGAUGAAAUAGUUAAGAUUGAAAGAAAUACUAUCGGACAACAAGAAAAUGACGAUUGGAAAAAAUUUAGAAAACAACGACUCACGGCAUCAAAUUUUGGCAAAGUAUGUAAAUUAAGACCUACUACUCCGCGAGCGAAUACUGUAAAAUAUAUUUUAUAUGAUAUUUUCCAAGGAAGUUCUUCUACUAGGUAUGGUAUUGAAAAUGAAUCAGUUGCCCGAAAUGCAUUCCAAAAAACCAUAAAGGAAAAAAUCGAACCAUCAGGAUUGUUUAUUCAUAAAAGUAAGCCAUAUCUCGCAGCGAGUCCUGACGGGUUAAUAGGCAAAGACGGUAUCAUCGAAAUAAAAUGUCCUCCAAGCAUAAAAGAAUAUACUCCAGAAGAUGCAGUAGAUAAAAAAAAAAUAAAGUACAUGAUAUCCGAUGGUAUAAAAGUGACUCUAACAAAAACUGAUAAUUAUUAUUAUCAAGUUCAAGCGCAACUAAAUAUUACAGAGAGGAACUACUGUUAUUUUGUUGGGACUCCGAAAGGUUUUAUAGUAGACAAAAUAAAAAAAGACUUCGAAUUUUGGAAUUCAAAAAUCGAACCGUUUGUAACGACAUUUUACAUGGAUUCUUUAUUGCCUGAAAUAAUUGAUCCGAGAUUUGACCGAGGACUACCAAUUAGGUCCGGUAUAUCAGAAAAGAAGCUGUCUUGA